AUGUCGUUGCAAGAGUCGGACUACGUCAUCGUUGGAGCUGGCGUGAACGGUAGCUCGAUCGCAUACACCCUCGUUACUCUUGGUUUUAAAGUUACUCUUCUCGAUCGAUCCCCGGAUGGUUUCGUUGCUCCUGAUGCAGCUUCGCAUGAUCUCAACAAGAUUGUUCGUGCAGAUUAUAAGGAUUGCAAUUAUGGCACGCUUGCUAAGGAAGCCAUUUCUCGAUGGCGUACGUGGCCUCUUUUCAAGCCGUUUUACCAUGAGGUGGGAGUUUUGUUCAGGUCUAGUGAGGCGGGGAAUGUUUUCAGUGGAGUAGGUAGUGCAGAGGAGUAUGUUGAGAAUGCUAUCAAACAUGCCCAGUUGGAAGGUGAUAGGAGGUUUGAAAUUGGAGGGGAGGAGGGUUUGAAGAGGACUGCCUACAAACUGGUGUGUGAUGAACAGGUGAAAGAGAUUUUUCAACGUGUUGGUGCAGAGGUUACCGUGGGGAAGGGGUUGGAUGGGAUGGGGAGCAAACAGACUGGUUAUUUUAAUCCCAGGGGUGGUUGGGCUGAGGCCAACAAUGCUUGCAGGGCUUUGCUUGAGCAUGCGAUCCAGUUGGGGGUUAGGGUUGUUCCUGAUGCGAGGGUUACCGAGUUCACUUAUGAUGCAGGUAAGGUCAAUGGUGUAAAGACUGCUGAUGGCAGGACUUUUGGAGCGAGGAAUGUUGUCCUUGCUACCGGUGCAUGGACUAGUGAUCUUCUCUCCACCCUCUUGCCCAGUACGACAGGCAAGGAUGAUCAAGCAAAGUGGUUGACCCGCCCCUCAGCUCAAUGUGUCGCCAUCCUCCGUCUUACCCCCACCGAAGCAGCCGAGUUGAAAGACACACCAGUCAUCAUCAACUUCUCUUCUGGCUUCUACCAAUUCGAACCUGUCCUCAUCCCCGAUCUCAAUGAAUGGCAAAUCAAGAUCGCCUACCACAGCAAUGGAUACCUCUACCCCAAACCUCCUAGUGAAUGCAACGGCAAAUACCCUUGCUUCCAAGAUUCCGCACUCUCACACCCAACAGGUGCCCGUGAAAUCGGUGCAGAAGCUUCCACCUCCGAAGAUCAACACUACCAGAUGGCUGAAUCGACGAUCCCCGCUAAUCGACUAGACGACAUGCUCAAAGAACUAAGUCAGAUCUAUCCAUCACUUGCAAAAAAAGACAGAGUCAUCACAACCCGUGUCUGUUGGUACUCGGAUACACUCGACGAAAACUGGAUCAUCGACACCCUCAACAACCAUCCCUCAUGCAAUAUGCAAUUUGCUAAAAACAUCUGGGUCGUCAGCGGAGACUCAGGACAUGCAUACAAGUUCUUACCCAUGAUAGGCGAUUUGUUUCUCACCAUUGCUGGUAUCAGUGCCAACAUUCGAAACCUUGAUCUAAGCAGGUUUUCUUUCGCUCACCAAGCAAAGUUACAUCAGGACAGGUGCGACGGUAACAAGAUCGAAAGUGCAGAUAGCAAUAGGUUCCAUUCUACUCUUGCUCAGCUUUCAACUGCCCAGAAUUCAAGGGCUAGAUUGUAG